AUGCCUUGUCACGCUGGUGCCGUAAGUGCAGUGGAAGGCAUAACGCGGUAUCGAUUGAUUUUGGCAGUUUUGAGGCAUAAAGAUCGUGCAGCUGAUUACGGUGCAUUGAUAAUAAAAGGCUCGGCCGGAGUUGUGAUAGCGAUUUCACUGGCACUCAUUUUUCUUGUUGUUGGCAACAUGGUUUAUCAAACACUGACGUGUAAAAUUGUCCUACGCGAAAAGAGGCGAUAUUAA